UAAUUAUAAACCCUCUUAGCAACAUUCGGGCAUAUCGGUCUGUUAAAUCAAUAAAAAUAUCGUCGACGACAACGUCCUUCUUGUAAACAUAGUUUUCUAGAAACGAAAACCAAAAACAUCCACAAAAUCAGUCCUCAGAUAAAAUGUUAUAGCUUCGAAGAAAGAAAAAUCAAAUAAAAAUAAAAUUUAAGAAUGAAAUAAAGUAAAUUUUUUAGUUUGGUGUUAAUUGCCAAAAAUGGGAAAUACCGAAAGUAACGUAACCAGUGGUGUCAAAAAACAAGCUGGAGUCUCCACACAAGCUUUAUAUAAAUUUGUAAAUCUCAAAGGUGGGGGACUUCUGGUGGAUAUGAUGAAACGUGCUUGUCAAAGUAAACAAUUUGCUGAAAUUGACCAUGCCAUCAAAACAAAAGUGGAACCAUUUCUGUACAAUAAGGGUGCUGGAAAAUAUAUCCCGAUUUCAAAAAUGGUUCUAUUACGAAACAAAGAACGAGCGAGACACAAACAACUUCCGGAAAUAAGAGCCUUGGAAAAUCCUGAUGAAGAUUUUAAUAUCGAUGAACAUUGUCCCGAAGUUUCUGAGGCUGAAUACAUGGCCAAUCCAAGUCUCUACAGAAUGGUCUGCUGGAAUUUAAAUCUUCGAGGCGCUGUUGGAGAGACUAUUCUUCAUUUGUGUCUUUUGAACGCCACAUCUUUGCACGCUGAUUUGGCGAAGAGGCUUCUUCGAUUUUACCCCAAGUUGAUUUUGGAUAUUUAUGUUUCCGAUGAAUAUUAUGGAGAAUCUGUACUACAUAUUGCCAUUGUCAACGAGGACCCUGCCAUGGUUAAGUUUAUUUUAGAUGCUGGAGCAGAUGUUCAAGAGAGGUGCUGUGGAAGUUUCAUGAGCGCCGAGGACCAAAAACCGUCCCGCUAUGACUCUCCAGAUCAUGAAUACGUCGGAGUGGCUCCGUUCAGCAACUACGAAGGUUAUGUUUAUUGGGGAGAAUAUCCGCUAAGUUUUGCAGCUUGUUUAAAUCAGGAGGACUGUUUCCGACUUGUUUUGGCUCGAGGUGCCGAUCCAGAUCUUCAAGACACCAAUGGCAAUACAGUGCUUCACAUGUUGGUUGUAUACGAAAAAACACAAAUGUUCGACGUUGGCUAUGAGGUUGGAUCAAGUCUGCACAUAAGGAACGUUCAAAAUAUGACACCAUUAACCUUGGCUGCCAAGUUAGGUCGAGUUGAGAUGUUCUUCCACAUAAUGAACAUCGAGAGGGAAAUCUAUUGGCAACUGGGAAGUAUUACUUGUGCAGCUUAUCCUUUGUCGAAAAUUGAUACCAUCGAUCGGGAGACUGGAAAUAUUAACAAGGACUCGGCCUUGAAUUUGGUCGUUUUUGGAGAUAAAUAUGAGCAUUUGGAGCUUUUGGAUGGUGUUUUGAUUGAUCUUCUCAAGACCAAAUGGAAUACUUUUGUCAAAUCUCGUUUCUACAAACAAUUUCAUUUGUUUUCUUUGUAUUUUAUGUUCUCCUUGGUAAGCUAUACACUCCGACCAGGACCACCAAUGGAUGACGACGAUGAUGACGAUGACGAAAAAAUGCAAAGUAAUUCAACUGGUGGCGUUGCCGGUAGCUUUAGUUUGAUGAAUAAAACUGCCUUGAAAAGGAACUUAAAGUUAAAGGAUAAAUAUGAAGAAAGGAAAACUCAAUCAUUUCGGGAUUAUGAUUGGUUAAAUCUUACGGAAUAUUUUGAGUUCGAAGAAGAAGACACUGGGCCUUCGUGGUGGACAGCGUACGAAGAAUGUCCUUUAAUGCAUUUAGAAUCAACUAAAGCAAAGAUUCGUGUUGUUGCUGAAAUUGUUAUAUUUUUUGGAUCAAUACUUUACAUAGUAGCAGCUUUGAGGGAAUCAAGAUUUUUGGGAUACAAGAUGUUCAUUGAAAAUUUGAUGACAGCGCCUUCUCGUGUUAUGUUUCUUUUCUCUUGUUGUUUAAUGAUGUCAAUUCCUUGGUUGCGAUUAAUGUGUAUGACUGAGGUUGAUGAUCAUGUUGCUGUUGUUAUAAUGCUCACUACUGCCCCCUACUUUCUAUUUUUCUGCCGUGGUUUUAAAACAGUUGGUCCUUUCGUUGUGAUGAUCUAUCGCAUGGUGAUGGGAGAUCUUAUACGAUUCGUAUCGAUAUAUCUUGUCUUCGUGAUGGGUUUCUCCCAGGCCUACUACAUAAUUUUUUUGACAUUCGAUAAUCCUGCCACUCCUGACGACAUCGAUGACACUCAAUCGAAUCCGAUGCCAUCACCAAUGGAAUCCAUUGUUGCUAUGUUCUUAAUGUCAUUGACAAAUUUUGGCGAUUAUUAUGGAGCAAUGUCGUCGACGGAACACGAAGUGGAAGCUAAGAUUUUAUUCGUCCUUUUUAUGGUCAUUGUUGGAGUGUUGUUGGUUAACAUGUUGAUUGCUAUGAUGGGUAAUACUUAUCAGAAAAUAGCUGAAACUCGAAAUGAAUGGCAACGUCAAUGGGCGAGAAUUGUUUUGGUUGUUGAAAGAGGCGUGGCACCAGCUGAGAGGUUAAAGAAUUUUAUGAAUUACAGCCAACCGAUGUCAGAUGGGAGGAGAGCAUUGGUUUUGAGGCUAAAUAUGAAUGAAGAAGCCAAAGAAGAAAUGAAAGAAGUCCUGGAAAUGAAAAGAAUCCAUCAAAGAUUUAAAGAUAAACGAAAAAUCGAACGUGAAGCGCGCGAAGAAAAGAAACGCCAAGAAUAUGAAAAGUUCUUUGGGCCACCAGUACAAGAAGAAGAAGAGGUGUUCUUUUUUAAAACUUAAUUCGGGAUGAAAGAGUUUGUCAAAGGAAAAUGGUUCAGCUUUGGAAAUUUAGUUUUACAAAAAUAUUGUUAGAAAUCCAAAUAAAUGAUGUAAACAAAUAAAAAAAAACAUCUGUUUUAAAACAUCAUUGUGAACAAUUA